CUGCAGUCAUAGCAGAGGGAGCGGUCGCGCUCAACGCCCACGUUCAUUCCCCCGACCCGGUCUCCGUGCCCCCCCUCACGAAACCACCGCCACGAUGAAACCGACCCAGAUCCUCCGCGAGCGCAUCCGGCGUCUCCCGCUCACGACGAAGCAAGCCAGGAAGGGAUUCUACAAGGGCACAGGAACCAAGAUCCUGGGACACUGGGAUCCGCUGAAUCCGAGGAAAUUCGUGCCGGACUGGGAGAAGAUUAGGACGUACAAGUUUCCGGAAUUCGGGUUGGCGGAUUUUAGGUUGACACCUUUUGUUGCGGGGAAGAUUGGCACGUACGAGGCGGUCGGGCACAACCAGUGGAGGGUACCGGAGAAGAAGAUGACGGGCGAGCAGUACUUGCAACAGUGGAUUGAAGAGACGGGAGGGUUUGAUCGACUUGACCUGUAUCCUGAAGCGGAAGAAGAAGCUCAAAGCGAGGAGGGGAAGAAAUGAGGAUGGGAAAGUGUGUGAUCGAAAGAGCAAACAGACACAAUCACCAGAGGGGGUGUAUCAUAGAUUUGGAUCACAAGGACUGGCAUUGCACGGCGUUUGGGAUAAUCGGCAUGUUGGAGAUUUUGAAAGUACGAAGACGAGGAGGACAUGAUGUACGAUAUAGGGAAACGCAUCCACGGCAGCCGCCAUAAGCCGGCCGUUCUACUAUUGUACAAUUGCUCACCUGGGGUAUCAUCUAUAUGUACAUGUUCCCAAUAUACGC